UGAAUGUAAAUGCAAGAAGGUAGUUGGCAACUGUGUGAUCAACGCGUAGAAGCGAGGUCGGCAGAGGCUCCCGUCUCAGAGUGCCGCGUGGAGGAGACGGGGUAGGUCAACCGAAUCAGCUCCCUGCGGUGUUUUGGAUAACUUUUUAGAUAGUGGCUUCCGACGCAGACAUGAUGGUCCUCACGCGAUUAAUUAGAGGCCGGACCCAUCCUGCAGGAUUUCAUAUCAACAUCCACGGGGGGCCACCGCGGGUCCCCAAGAAGAGUAACAUGAUCAGGUCUUCCAGCACGCUAUGCACUAGGCUUGCUCCGUCAAGAACCUUCGAUCACGCGUCAGAUCUUCGAGGAAAUGAACUUUUCUGCUGCGUCGCCCUCUGUCCAUGUAACGUCGCUGGGAGAAGUCAUUUUGGUACGUCGUCGCCCCUGGGAGAAGAUCGCCACGAUUCUUCUUUUAGUUUUUUCAUCCUCAACAGUCAAGAUCUCGAGGAAGUGAGGGCGUUCUUGGCGCUGUAUUUCUUCCCCAAAGAACCUCUGACGAUAGGCGCUCGCUGUGAGGACGAAGUAGACAUGGGUGAUCUUAUCUUGAAGUGCGUUUCGUCGGGAGUGUCCGUUGGUACUCGGGACAAGGCCACGGGGGAACUGGUGGGCGUUAGGCUUAGCAGCAUCUUAUCUUCAAAGCCGAAGACAGAACCCCCGCCUGAUUCCAUCCCGCCGGAAGUGGCGAAGGUGAUCAAUAUGCUGAACCACCUGUGGGAGGCCGUGGACGUCUUCGAGGACCCAGGCGUGGAGCGCAUCAUGAAGAGCGACAUCCUCACCGUGCACACCGGUUACAAUGGGCGAGGGCUGGCGAAGGCCAUGGUUGAGAGGAGUGAGCGCCUAGCAAAGGGAAAGGACUGCCACCUGCUGUACACACAACCUACAAACGCCAUCUCCGCUAGAAUCUUCUCUCAGCGAGGUUACGACACAAGAUACACUAUCGACCUGGACACUUUGCUGGACGAGCAAGGCAAGCGUGUAUUCGACACGUCGCUAAUGUUUGGCAACAAUGUUAUAAGAGUUAUGAGCAAACGCGUGGGAUCGGGGCAGUAGUGAAGAGCAGAAUGUGGGGUGGGGGGGAGGGGUCUCAUCUCUAUAGAUUUCAUGCUUCAUUUCAAACUCAUAUUUUGUCGUCGGAUUAUACGAAUUAUAAGUCUGACUUGCUAAUUGAUGGUUUGUCUUGAAGAGCACGCAGUAGUCAAGAGAAUCGGAACGAUAAUAAGAAAUCGGCUUUAAGAUGAAUCAUGGAUAGGAUUGGUACAGACUGAGCAGUAUUCAAAAACUCAUUUGACUGACUGAAUGAUAUGAGAGAAAAUAUAUGAAUACCUUGAUUAAGGAAUAAUCGUUAAGAUAGUAACAGUCUGCCUCCAUGAUGAUACAGCAUGUUUCUUGUGGUUGUUUGUGGAUGAUAUAAGUCCCGCACAUGGCCCCGCAUUUCACUUCCAGGCAGUUUGUACAAUAUCUACGUUUUCUACCCUCUUUACAAUUAUAUAUUAUUGUAUAUCACUAAGGUCAUAUUACCGAUUCUUGAAUUGCGAAUUAAAUAUUUCAAAUCUG